AAACCGACCAAUGUAUAGUGUAUAACAGUAUAGCCCUUAAUUUGAACGAUGUGAAAACGGUGCCGGCUUGCAUGUGAAUUUUUUUGUUCAUCCGGAAACGAAACCAACGUAACACAGCACUUCCUGUCUCGCGGCUUACCAAAACCCUAAACCCCAUUGCCCUGUCGUUAAUUCAAUCGGUCCGUUCCAUUUCUGGCUUCAAUCCUAAAUUCCAAAAUCGCCAGUUCAGUUUGUUGACUUCCAGUCGCGGCAACGGCUUGCCCGAAGCUUUCAAGCAGAGGGUGGAAGAAGGGUGCAACGGAAGACUGUUUACAGUUGGGAAAGGGGAGGACAUGGCAUACGGUGGUGCGGGCUCGGCGAUGACCGCCGGAGCGGGGCCGGCGCCGGCAAUAAGGCAAGUGAAAUUGGAAAAGGAGAGUGAACUUAGAAUUGAAGCCGCCCACGAGACGCCGCUUCGAUUGAGGCUCCUAAACGGUACAGCUGAAAUCUUUGGCACUGAGCUUCCACGUGAAAUCUGGCUCACAUUCCCUCCUCGCUUGAAGUUCGCUGUGUUUACUUGGUACGGAGCUACAAUUGAGCUGGAUGGCGCCACGGAAACCGACUACACAGCUGAUGAGACACCUAUGGUUAGUUAUGUCAAUGUUCAUGCUAUACUUGAGGGGAGAAGGAUCCAAGCUAAAGCUUCUUCUUCAGGUGACUCUGAACCCACUCAGGGUCCUAGGGUGAUUGUUGUCGGACCUACGGAUUCUGGAAAGAGCUCUUUGUCUAGGAUGCUGCUCAGUUGGGCAGCCAAACAAGGCUGGAAACCUACUUUCGUCGACUUGGAUGUGGGUCAAGGGGCAAUCACAAUUCCUGGAUGCAUUGCUGCUACCCCCAUAGAGUUGCCUAUUGACCCUGUUGAAGGCAUUCCCUUGGACAUGCCUCUAGUUUAUUUUUAUGGUCACACAACUCCCAGUCAAAAUGUGGAGUUAUAUAGAACACUUGUUAAGGAGCUAGCCGAAGUACUGGAGAAACAAUUUACUGGAAAUGCUGAAUCUCGUGCUGCAGGCAUGGUGAUCAAUACAAUGGGAUGGAUAGAAGGCGUAGGCUAUGAGCUGCUUCUUCAUGCCAUUGAUACAUUUCAAGCAAAUGUUGUCUUGGUUUUAGGCCAGGAAAAACUUUUCAGCAUGCUGAGGGAUGUGUUAAGGAAUAAGCCUAACGUGGAUGUCGUCAAACUUCAAAAGUCAGGUGGUGUAGUAUCCAGAACUCAGAAACUCCGCCAGAGAUCCAGGAGUUUCAGGAUUAGGGAAUACUAUUAUGGCAUUUCAAAUGAUCUGUCCCCGCACUCCAAUAUAGCAAACUUCAAUGAUCUGUUCGUAUACCGAGUUGGUGGAGGACCACAAGCCCCUAGAUCUGCUCUCCCAAUUGGUGCUGACCCAGUUGCCAACCCUCUGAGAGUUGCACCUGUAACUAUUGAUGGUGAUUUGCUCCAUGUUGUCCUAGCUGUUUCAUAUGCACAAGAACCAGAUCAAAUUGCCUCUAGUAAUGUUGCUGGGUUCAUCUACGUGACUGACAUUGAUCUUCAGAGAAGGAAAAUGACAUACCUGUCACCGACUGCGGGUGAACUACCGAGCAAGUAUUUGGUGAUGGGAACCUUGACUUGGCUUGAGACCUAAAGCGAACCUCCUCGGUUUAACUCGGCUGGAGGCCCUCAAUACUAAACUUUUCUUCCAUGUCUAUGAUGAACGCAGGGUGGCACCAUUUGUCAGAUCUGUGAGUUAGUUGCCUGUCUCCUUUUGAUUGUUGAAUGUGUGGUUUGAUGAAUGUGAACAGUAUAUGCAAAGGAUUAAACACUUCUUCUAAGCUUUAGUGAGACGGCAUCGUGGUGGGAUUGGUAUUGAAUGGUAACCACCGUGGGUGCGUCCUCAUCCAUCAAUCUGAUGAUGGAUUGGUCAUUGUGGCCUGUGUGAUGGAAAAAUGCGAAUUACGCUUCUGAAAUGUCAGAUGUGAUCCUAAAUGCUACGAACUUGUGACAAACAUAGUCCAUCGAGCUUCAAACCUCCUAGUUCUUUGUAACGUGGACUGACAAUUUCAUUCAUGCGUAUGUCACAAGCACCAUGUAAUCUCGCCUUAAGAAGACCUUCAGCUUUGGUUCCAAUUGCUAUGUAGGGGACCUUGUGUAUGCGUACGACCUAUGCUUGUUCUCUUGAAGAUAAGCUGUCGAGGAUUGAGGUCCUAUGGUUAGAAGGUGGCUGGAAGUUUGAGCGGUUCUAUGGCAUGGUCCAUUGGCCACUCUGAAAGGUCUUACAAGUUCUAUUGCGUUGAGCUUGUAGCCAAUUUAUAUUUUCCUUGUGAUUUUGUGGUCUUAAAAGGAAUAAAAGAGUAUAACCUGAUUUCGUUUGAGUUGGUUUUAUGACGAACAUCGUUCAGUCGUAUAUCUCAAUUGACUAGAUUCCAUAGCAGAUCUUAUUCUUGGCAAGUUCAACAUACCUGAGUAGUCAUAGGCUCAUAGCUUCUGGUCAAUCUAUAUUCCUUAGUGAUUUUUUAAGCUGUAAAACUCAAAAACAGAGUAAAGUAUGAUUUCUUUUAAUUGUUUCUAUGAUAGACACCCUUUUGAUGUCCACUUUGGAUCUCAAUCAAACAAAUUUCUUGUUUGGAGUCCUUGUAUAAAAAUGGAUUAGGUUGUCCAAUGGAUACUUUCAAAUCCUCCAUGACAGAUUUCCAUCUCGAACCUUAUUUCAGUAUAAACAAACUUAAAGUUUGCAUUGACAACUUUUUAGAAUUUUUUUGGGUUAAUUCCAUGGUCACGAGAUUACAAAAAAUGUUCAAGUUUGGUCACUUAGAAAUAUUUAAAUCCAUUGGUGGUGCUUCAGUUUAUUCAAAUCGUUCAUGUUUGGUAACUCUCCGUCCAACUCCAUUCCCUUUAACUGAUGUGGCAGUCAACUCUCAAAGUUGACUGUUAACUUAGUGAUGUGGCAACUAAAAAAUUAUUAAAAAUAAAAAAAAUAAUUUUUU